AUGUCCUUCUUCUGGUACUUUGCCUACGGAAGUAACUUGCUCGCCGAGCGCAUUCGAUACAGGGUGAGUCACGGAAUACACAUUACGGCUAACAGGGAUAGGUGUUCAGCAAAAAGGUGCCGAGUACGAAUGCAACGGAAAAUUGGAUAACUUCCGUUUGGAGUUCGCCAAUUAUUCGCGAAGAUGGCAAGGAGCACUCGCGACGGUGAUCGAGGAGCCGGGGAAGGAGGUGAGAAAAAGUGCGCUCGAUUGGUAAAUAGAAGAGUUGAAGGUGUGGGGAUGUGUGUGGAAGAUGCCGAUGGAAUACUCGGACUCUUUGGAUGAGCAGGAGGGCGGAUACCAUCGACUGAUGGGUAAGAUUGCUAUUUUCGGCAGUGAAACAUGAGAUUAUUGCAGUUCCGAUUCAAACGCCUCAAGGAAUUAUUCAAUGUCGGACCUACCAGUAUUCGGAUCUCGAGGCCGACCCAAUGGCACCUUCUCCCCACUACAAAUUGGUCAUCGUUGAAGGUAAAUUGAGAUGUUUCUAAAAUAAAGUUGUGAUUUCUGAUUGCAGGAGCCAAGGAGCACAAGUUGCCGCAGGAAUACAUCAGAAGACUCGAGAACAUUACGGACAACGGAUUCGUUGGCUCUGUCGACGUGGAUAUUCCUCUUUUAGCUACAUUGAACAACAAGAAACACGAUUUGUGA